AUGUCUCUCUUCGCUGUCUUAUUCAUUCUUGGCUUUAUCAGUGCCAAUAGUGGUGCUGCAAUUGGCUCCAAUUCGGGUGUUUUUCACUAUGAGGUUCCAAUUCCUCGUAGCCAAACCCGCCAUGAAUACUUACGAUCGGUCAUUGAUUUUUGGACACCAGAACGAAUUGCUUCUGCUCGACCAAUGGAAUCGUCAUUUGAUGCCAAUAUUCGAGUGUCUCCCCUUGAUAUUCAGGAGAUUGAAGCGAAAAACACCGAACGAUUAUUGGCUGCACCUGCUCCAUUAAGCUUAAAAGCUCCUGUUGGUCCACCAGCGGUCGGUAAAAUCUAUUUCAGCUUCGAUAAGUUGACUUACAUGUGCUCUGGUUCCGUAGUGAACGCAGCAAAUCGUGACACAGUCGUAACCGCUGGUCAUUGUGUCUACAAUAAUACUGCUAAAGUCUUCGCAACAAAUUUAAUCUUCAUGCCACAUUAUGAAAACAAUGUGCGCCCACAUGGUACAUUUCCAGCGCGUUCAAUAGUAACCACACAAGAAUGGAUGGCUAAAGUAGACUACACUCAUGAUGUUGCCGUUGUUCUAGUCGAUAUAAACGACGAAAAUGAACAUGUUCAAGAUCUCACUGGUGCAUUUGGUAUUUCUCUCAAUGCCCCGGAAGUAGGUACAACUCAUCUAUUCGGCUACCCGGCUAAUAGUGAAAAGGGCGAAGUCAUGGACACAUGUAAUGGACAAACAGCGAAGCCAUCAGCUAUUGUGAGUAUGCUUUCAAACAAUUUCAAGGGAAUGCAAAUCACCUGUGGAAUGAAUGGUGGCUCAUCUGGUGGUCCGUGGAUCCGAAGUUACAAUAGCAAUACAGGAUCAGGUUUACAAGUAGCAGUGACCAGUUUCGGUUCAAGCUUGGCGCCUGGUAAAAUCCAUGGUCCCCUCUUUAAGGAGGCCAAUAUCGGUCAGCUCUUUAAUUUUGCCAAAAACAAAUAA